UAUUCUUCAUACUGAACAGCAUUUGGUCCAAUCAAAUGUAUUAUAUGUUCGGCUUCUUGUUUUUGGUCUUUACAAUUCUGGUGAUCACUUGCAGUGAGACCACUGUUUUGCUCUGUUAUUUCCAUCUGUGCGCCGAAGAUUAUCACUGGUGGUGGCGAUCAUAUCUGACGAGUGGUUUCACGUCAUUCUAUCUGUUCGUGUAUUGUAUUCACUACUUUAUGACGAAACUGACGAUUACGGGAACCGUAUCGACGCUCCUAUACUUCGGUUAUACGCUAAUAAUGGUGUUCCUCUUCUUUCUACUGACCGGAACCGUUGGCUUCUUCGCCUGCUUUUGGUUCGUCAGAAAGAUAUACAGUGUUGUCAAAGUUGAUUGAGACAAGUGAUGACAACAAGUGAUCGAUUAAGUGAUUGUUACACAAGUAUAGCUAUAGAGACAAGUAAUAGACACUAUAUUUUACUGGAAUCGAUGGAUUCAUU